AUGUCGCUCGAACACAAGAACAGAUUCAACGACACUGCACUACCGGACGAGAAGUCCGACACUUCUAUCGGCGGAAUCGAAGAUUUGAGCUAUGAUAGCGAGGCAGAAAAGAAGGUGCUGAGGAAGUUCGACAAGUUUCUGCUACCACCUCUUGCCAUCAUUCUGCUUGUCGCCUACCUGGACAGAUCGAAUCUCGGAAACGCAAAAGUCUUUGGUUUUGAAGAUGGUAUCGGUCUUGUCGGAAACCAGUUCAAUACGAUUUCGACUCUCUUCUACCCGUUCUACGUUCUGUUCGAGGUGCCUUGGACUAUGGCAGUCAAACGAUUUGGUGCCGAUCGUGUUCUGGGUAUCGCUAUGAUCGCCUGGUCUGUCAUUACUCUUGCCACAGGCUUCAUCCAGAAUUACUCGCAAGCAAUUGCCGUCAGAGUGCUGCUUGGAGCUUUCGAGGCUGGCCUGGUGCCGUCGGUGGUAUUUAUAAUCAGUACGAUUUGGGAAAGAGAAAAGCAGAGCAAGAGAGUUGCUAUCAUUUAUGGAUGCAAUUGUCUUUCAGGUGCCUUUGGCGGUUUGAUUGCUUAUGGUAUCGAAAGCAUGGGUACGAGACAUGGGCUCGAGUCUUUCCGUUGGCUGUUCAUCGUUGAAGGGGCCAUAUCAAUUGUCUUAUGCGGCAUCUGCUGGGCUGUGCUGCCCAGAAAUGCAGAGACAGCAUGGUUCCUGAACGCCGAAGAAAAAGCCAUCAUGGUUGCUAGGAAACAACGCAAUCUUGUCACCAGAGGCACGGAGGAGUUCUCCUGGUCUCAUGUCCGCGUUGCUUUCACCGAUCCAAUCAUCUACAUUGCGUCGGCCAGCUUCUUCUCCGCUUCCAUUGCUCUUUUCGGCUUUGGUACUUUCCUUCCGACUAUCAUCAAAGGGCUUGGAUAUACUUCCUUACAAGCAAACUACCUGACCAUCCCGGUCUAUGUCUUCGCCACUCUGACCCUCAUCACAGCAACAUUCACAUCCGACCGUCUCAAAAAAAGAGCAGCCGUCCUAGUUGUCCUGCCUAUCGCCCCGAUCAUUGGCUACAUCAUUGCCUGCGGCACCGCAAGCCAUGCAGCCGGCUACUUCGCCAUGUUCCUCUGCGGCGGUGGCAUCUACAGCUACAACUGUUUGAUUCUCACUUGGAUAUCAACGAACCUCGCUCCCGAUUACAAGCGCAGUAUGGCUAUGCCAUUCUUCGUUUCACUUGCCAACAUCUCAGGAGUUGUUUCGUCGAACAUUUAUCCUAGUGUCGAUGGGCCUAGGUAUCUGAUGGGCAACGCGGUUAGUGCUGGUAUGGAGACGUUGGCGCUUUGCGGUGUGGUGGUUGUGUGGUGGACCUUGAGGCGCAGGAACCAGGAGAAGGAGAAGUUAAGCGUGCAAGGUGUUGAGAACAAUGGCAAGAUUGGAGAUCAAGCGUUGGAGUUUGUGUAUAACCUCUGA